CAAGUCUUAUGUAGUUUGCUGCACCACUUGAACCAAUAGACUAUAUUUUAAAAGAUUUUACAUUCUACCUUGUCCCCAAAAUGUCGUUGCCCAAAUCUGCAUACCUGAGUGAUGUGUGGAGGGAUGGCAUUUUUGACAACAAAGUCCUCUUCUGCACCGGUGGCUCUGGCACAAUAUGCAGCGCUCAAGUUCGGGCCAUGGUCCAUCUAGGCGCAAAUGCCUGCAUCGUGGGACGCAAUGUUGAGAAGACAGAGCAAAUGGCAAGAGACAUUGCUACUGCCCGUCCAGGCGCCAAAGUAAUCGGCAUCGGGGCUGUUGAUGUCAGAAGCAUCGACAGCCUGAAGAAUGCCGUUGACCGAUGUGUGAAGGAGCUGGGCGGAAUUGACUUUGUCAUUGCCGGCGCUGCGGGGAACUUUCUGGCCUCGAUCGAACAGUUGUCAGUCAAUGCUUUCAAGUCAGUCAUAGAUAUCGACGUUCUUGGUUCGUACAACACGCUGAAAGCCACCGUUCCUUAUCUCUUGAAAUCCGCCGCAAAACACAAAUCCGAUGGAGCGACUCCAUCUCCUACUGGGACCGGAGGAAGGAUCAUCUUCGUCAGUGCAACCAUCCACUACACCGGUUUACCCCUACAGGCACACGUUACAGUGGCCAAGGCCGGCGUGGAUGGCCUUUCAAACAGUGUUGCCAUCGAGUAUGGUCCAUUUGGUGUGACUUCCAAUAUCAUUGCUCCAGGACCCAUCGGAGACACUGAGGGCAUGCGACGUCUCGCCAAGAAGGGAGCCGACCAAUCUGCCAUCCCACUGGGACGGUACGGCACCGUCAAAGAGAUUGCAGACGCCACGGUGUAUCUCUUCUCUGAUUCUGGAAACUACGUGACUGGUUCUACUAUAGUCGUUGAUGGAGGUGCCUGGAGAACACAGUCUGGCCGAUCAGGCCUCGGAUUCAAAUACCCUGACUUCCUUCUUUCUGGGGAGGGAAUAACUGGCGUUUCGGGGAUGAAGAAGUCAAAGCUUUGA